AAAAGCGAAAAAAAGGAGUAGGGGGAUCAAUGCUACGGAUGAGAAGAGGACAAAGACGCACAUGAGACGAUGCAGCGCGAAGGUAGUCAUGUCUCGUCGGAGGAGUCUGGGGAUUACAAUCAGGGCAUCCCAGCAAUGUCUGUCCGAUCAGCAGUCAGAAGGCUUCGAGGGAUUUUCAUGAAAGGACUUUGUCUUGGCAUCAUUCUCUGGAUUUUUCAUGUCCCAGUUGUUGUCUCACCAGCAAAGCAAGUCAGUGAUUUGCCAGGCAAUGUCUGCAUUUCGAAAAGUGGGCAUUUCCCACCGUUCUCCAUCCAUGGAAAGCCGCCGCAGCGAAUGCGAGGAGGAGCAGAUGAUCUGUCAAUGUGCAGAAUAUUCCGCAGCAAAACUUGCUGCAGCCGUGCGCAGACAGAUCCCGUGCUUGUGGCGCUGAGACGGCUUGCGGGAGGUGGCGAAGCGUCAGAGGAGUGUAUGGGGUUGUGGGAAGCACUCCAAUGCUCAAUCUGUGACCCGACGAUCGGCGUGCUUCCGGGGUUACCAGUGGUGUGCUCGUCGCUCUGCAACCGCGUUUAUGAUUCGUGUGGCGAUGCAUUCUUCGCAGCAGAUCUAAGCAGCCAGGCGUUAGCCCCCUGCGGGCCCAAGGAUACCAUUUGUGCAAGGGGUAAUGAAUUGGCAGCAAAUGGGACCGAUUUUUGCGGAUUUGCUGGCUUCAGGGUGGUUGAUGUAAAUGAUCAAAGCACGGCAUUACUUCGUACAUCUACAUCUGGAGAUGACCGCGAAUCGUUUCCGCAGUGCUUCGACGGCAAACCGUUAGAGAUCGGUUUGCAAUCGCCAAGGAAUGCGUACGCGGAUGGGGGUCAGACCCGAGAGAUCAAAAAGAGGGGUAGUAUCGCUCGAAGGGGGCUUGGCAGAAAUUGGAAAUGCUUGUGGCGCCCUCUUCAAGGAUUUGGCAAUGUGGUCACUUGGGCAUUUGGAGGGCUAGUGUUGAUUCUAAUGGCUGGGGCAUCGCUUCUCAGGAAGCGGUUGCAGGGACGGGCCUCUGGAGCCAGCCAGCAGCCACAAGAGACGCAAACUUCUCUUCGGCGGCGAGGAAAAAGGCCAUACCGUAGGACAGACCACUGAGUAGCUUUCGACCAUCUCCCGUGUGUGUAGGAGGCAACUGACGAGAAGGCAGUUUCUUCUGGCUUUGUUGAGGAUGGCUGUGGGUAGGGACUGGCUGAGGAGCAGGUUGUUGAUGAAGUAGAAGAAGGGUUGCAUGAUGCAUGAGGCGAUGAUCACGAGGUGGAGGUAACUUGCAUGGCGUGUGCGCAUUCGCUUCCGCUCCGCAGUCUGUUAUUCCUCUUGUAAAGAAUUCGGACGGCUCCAUGGCUGUGGGGCAUCCAACCCUACCGGUAGGUCCUUCGAUGCCAUGGAGACGUUGACGGACGGCGAAUUCCUUACGCCGUGGAGCCCUGCGAAUUCCCAGCCAUGAGUUGUUGACGGACGGCGAAUUCCUUACGCCAUGGAGCCCUGCGAAUUCCCAGCCAUGGAGACGUUGACGGACGGCGAAUUCCCAGCCAUGGAGACGUUGACGGACGGCGAAUUCCUUAAGCCAUGGAGCCCUGCGAACUCCCAGCCAUGAAGUCGUUGACGGACGGCAAAUUCCUUACGCCAUGGAGCCCUGCAAAUUCCCAGCCAUGGAGUCGCUGACGGACAGCGAAUUCCUUACGCCAUGGAGCCCUGCGAAUUCCCAGCCGUGGAGUCGUUGACGGACGGCGAAUUCCACUGGUGAAUUUGUCUUCUGCAGAAUCGUUGUCUGACCAGAAUGCUGUUGCAUGCGUUGUUGUCAGUGAUUCUGUGCAGUCGUUGACGGACGGCGACUGUUGAUGUGGCCUGCUCUUUGUUUGCUGUCCCAUUCGUCUUGGGUGGACGGUUUUGACGGAGCGAAGCGGAUUUCCGCAAAGUUUAUGGCUCUGAACAGCGGGCGGCCUUGUCUCGCGAACUGCUGUUGACAGGCUGGUAGCAGUCGAUGACAUUCAGCAAGAACAGCCCCGGUUCUUUUGCCGGUUUGUUCGACGGUUUGUUCGCUGGUUCGUUCACGUUCAGCACCAUAGGAGGUAUAUGCACAGCGCGGCGUGUUACUCUCCGGGAGGUGAUGGAGCGGUUGGGAUAAGCGGAGAGGAGAGGUAGUGGUUUGGGUGACUAGGGGCAUCGCCAUCCAGGAAAAUUGUUCGUCAAAAUCGCUCCCGAUUUAGUAUUUACUGCUGAUUUUGUUUUUCUUUGUAGCCAGAAGAUCUUUCCACUCAGCAGGAUUAAACCACCACUAUGCCCCCCAGGAAUAUCGUACAGCCCGCCGCCCCUUUUUUUUUUUUUUUAAUCCUGCAGCUGUAAGCGUACAUUUCCGAAAGUUUUGUGGGUUCAGGCUACCUGACCACAAUGGGUGGCCCCUGCCCCGUUUUUUUCUUUUUUUGGCGCGCAGCACUUGGGAGGCUCCUUAAAAAACAGUCUCGGACGUAGUUGUGGUUUAAGAUUGCUGGAUCUGGAAGCCUGUGGUGUUUGAAGUUUGUGUUUCAUUGAGGGUCUGUUUACAAUUGCGAGGGGUCAAAAAAAAAAAAAAAAAAAAAAAAAAGGUGAAAGGCAGCGGCCUGUUCUGUACACGUGCGUUUUGGUAGUAAUGGUGGCGUAGGCUUUGCUGGAUUGGCCUCCAUUCUUCUUAGGGCAUAUACUCAGGCCAUACUCACACUAGCUCCAUCGUAAAUGUAUCUGACGCCAUCUACAGCCAGACGUGGAUGUAUCUGGCUGCAGCUACGUCAAAAAAUGAGUGAAAAAGUCCUAGGUAGUGCGAGUAUGCCCUCACACUUGGCCCUCAAAAUCGCAAAAUGCCAAAAUCAGC